AUGUCCUCGUCGUCUUCUUCUAUUCCUACAUCCGAAGUACCCGAAGCAGAAAUGGCAGCUCGUGCCCAAGCCCUCGUCUCUGGAUUUCAUAGUGUUAUGCGCCGUAUCAGUGCUGUGGCCUCCCCAGACCGUAGUGUACGUCUAGUCGCCGUGUCGAAAAGAAAACCGGCCUCCGAUAUUCAGGCUCUGUACAAUGCCACAAAGCACACCCACUAUGGCGAGAACUACUCACAGGAAUUGUUCGAGAAAGCCCCCGUCCUCCCUUCUGACAUUCAGUGGCACUUUAUCGGCACUCUCCAAACAAACAAGUGCAAGCAACUCGCCUCCUCCAUCCCAAACCUAUGGGCUGUCGAGUCGCUCGACGCCUCCAAAAAGGCCGACGCCCUCAACAAGGGCCGUGCCGCGCUCCUUGAAAAGAACCCUGACGCCCAGAAGCUACGCGUCUUCAUCCAGGUCAACACAUCCGGUGAGGAAUCGAAGUCCGGCUGCGAGCCGAGCGAUACACUGGAGUUGGCGAAACAUAUUAUUGAGAAGUGCCCCCACUUAACACUACAGGGGUUCAUGACUAUUGGUGAUAUUGCGCGCUCGAAAGAGAGCGAGAUGCCGAAUGAGGACUUUAUCCUGUUGUCUAAGACAAGAGAUGAGAUUGCAAAGUCCUUGGGGCGAGAGACAAACACACUCGAGUUGAGUAUGGGGAUGAGUGAAGAUUACGAGCAGGGUAUUAAGCUCGGGGCUACUAAUGUCCGAGUCGGAACUUCGAUAUUUGGGGCGAGACCUCAAAAAGAAGAUGCCGCAGCAAAGAAGGACGUCCAAACUCCGAUGCCCUAG